AUGGGCGUACGGGACGCCGGGCUGGGCGAUGCCCACGGAGAUGAUGCCCACGGAGAUGAUGCCCACGGAGAUGAUGCCCACGGAGAUGCCCUCAUAUGCUCCCUGCAGAUCCACGGAGGCGACGAUCGACCGGACGGGGAGAGCGAGGGGGAGCCGGGGCUGGGAGUCAAGCGAUGCCCCGCUUUUAGGGAGAAGCAGCAUGGCACGCCGGACCCCCCCACCCGCCACCGGCCGGGACCAGGGUCGCAGAGACCCCCCCCAGACAUAGAGAGACAGAGAGAGGCGGCCCUCUCACCGCAGCCCCCGGGGCUCGCCGACGCCGGGGACGGGGCGGCCCCAGGCCCCAGGCCCCCUCCCCUCCAGCCCCCCGCGCCCCCAGAGCCAGGCUGCCGUCCGGAGAGAAGAGGUCCCCGCCCGGCCCCUCGCGGAUCCCGGGGAAGGGGCGCCUCGGCGGGCCCCUCCUCCGUCCCGCCCUCCGCGCCCCCCGAAGCCUGGUCGGUGGCCCCGGGGCCCCAGCCAUGGCACCGUGACCCCCCCCCCACACCCCCGUCCGGCCCGGAGCCCGAGGGCGCCGCGGGGGAGCCGCCCCCUCCCAGCCCCAUGCGCCUGCGGCUCUGAAGCCGAGGGGCCGGGGGCCGAGGG